AUGCGCACCGCAAACCGGCUGCCAUUGCGCAGAAUAGCGCCACCAAGGCUGGCGGCGGCUUCCGCAACCGCGUCUUCGGUUGCCUUCGGUGUUGCGGCAUUGCUCUCUCGAUUUAAUUAUUUAACUCCGAAGGCCGAUCGCCCGAGGCAGCGGGCGGCACUGACUGGUCCGACGGGUGCGGCCCGGAAGAGCAGACAGCGCGCCGCCAUGAGAAUGCGCCAGACUCUGAGGCACCACAGCGACAUCGCACACGCAACACAUUUCGAAAUAGACAACUUUCUCGGGUCCACUUGGCACCUGACGAAAUCUAUGACGAAAGGCAAGCUGCAGCUUAAAGCGCGGUGUCCGCACCUGCACCGUUUUCUAACAAAGACAUCGUCAAUUUAUUGA